UUUCUAAAAUAUAGUGGUGGGGAGAAAAUCAAUAUAGGUUCCGGGUUUUAGCGCCAAAAUCAAAGGUGUACUUGCUAAGUAUCAAAUUGCACGAAUCAAUCCUCAUUGCCACUGGUUAAAGCGUUUAAGGUGGCGCGUUAUUAUUACCAGAACAACUAGAAUUGAUUCAACACACACCCAUGGCAACGUUUUUGAAUGGACAGACGUUGUGUAGUGUCACUGAAGAAUUUAAUUUUGACACUUUAAAAUUAUUAAUGAAAAAUGGAAUGGCCCAGCAAAAAUAUUUCCCACGGUGGAAUUUUGCACCCCGCAAAAACAACAUACAGUCCAGAAACGCAUCAGCUUUUACGAGUACUCAUGGAAGAGUCCAAAAUGUCGAUGCAGCAACGUAAAAAAAUGAACUACUACCUUCGAAAUGGUGAACCGUUACCACUUCCAACUUCAAGGAGUUCUGGACAGGUAUCAUCAAGAAAAAAAUUACCACUCGUUGUGAUUCGCCCUGGUAGUUCUAAGCGUCGUUCUCGUGACAUGAUUCUUAAAUCGGGGGCCUACGAAAGAGAGAAGUACAUUCCUCGCGAACCACCAGUUGACAGGGAAAAAGAAAAAAGUAAACUGCAAAAUAAAAUGGCGUUUGGCAAAGAGGUGAAACCCAAAUCUAAACCGAAAAUUGAAAAAAUGGUGGAGAAAAAUGAAGUUGAAGUAAAUAGGUUUGAUGAACUUGUUAAUGAGAUUAAAGAGAGAGAAGAGUGGCUUCGACAAAUGGAAAAGCUAGGCGAAGGAAAGAAACAUCAGUUUGUUAUUCAACAACAAAUUCAAGCUAGAAUUCGAGAAAUGCAACAAUUAAAGCUUGCCGAUUCUAAAAAUAAAGAACCGUAAUUUUAACGAGCGUGAAUAGUUUCUACAUUUUUAUGAAACUUAUUUUAGUAAAGUAUUUAGAUUGAG